AGUAGCCUCCGCAAAAUCUCCAAUUCUUUAUUACGCGUGAUUUGUCUAAAGCCGCGAGAAGCUGAGACAAACGGGUGUAAGCGUGAGACCGGAAGUAGUUGCAUCUCAUGUCCGGGAGUCGGUCGCUGCGACUUUUCUCCGGGCCUAAAGAAAAUAUGGCGGAUUUAUCUUUGGAUGAACUGAUCAAGAAGCGCGGCGUCAGUGUCAAUACAAAAGGGAGAUUGAACAUGAGGCCAGUCUUUGGAGGCAUUAGAUCUCGAAUUGGAAACCAACAAACCUUUUUAAACAGAUCAUCACCCAGUGUCGGUUUUCAGCAGACAUUUGAUGCACGUCAAAAGAUUGGCAUUACUGAUGCUAGGCACAAAAUUGGUGUGAAAGAUGCCAGGGAGAAACUGCUUCAGAAAGACGCAAGGUUCAAAAUCAAAGGGAAAGUUCAAGAUGCCCGAGAGAUGCUAAAUUCCCGAAAACAACAGAGUGUAGAAAAGGUGACCAAAGUUAUUGAUGCUAGAGAGAAAAUUAGUUUGAAAAGAAGUGCGCCAGUUGCAGCCACCAUGAACACCAUUGUGGAAACAGUAUCUCCUGCUGUAAAGAUCACAAAAACAAUACAACAGAAAGCUACAAUUCCAUCACAUGCUCAUUCUGCAGGUAUGAAGGUCAACAUUGUGAAUAAUCAUACUCACAAACAGUGCCUAUACGAUACAGAGGAUGAUGAUGAAACUGUAUCUCCCUUUCCCAACAAACAGAUGAAAAUCACAGCAACUGACAGCUUCCUGAACAAUGCAGCUGGACACAGUGGCAACAAGUUUUCUCUCUCAAAGACAGUCCCUCUUACAAAAGUUGUCCAGAAUGAUGCAUAUACAGCUCCCCCAGUUCCGUCUUCCCCCAUCCGAACAAAGACCCUCACAAACAUGUCUAGAACCUUAGUGACCAAGGAGGAACCUCCUAAAGAGCCUACAGUGGUUGAGCCAGCCUUUAGUCCUUUAGAGGGUACUAAGAUGACUGUGAAUAAUUUACACCCCCGUGUUACAGAAGAGGAUAUUGUUGAAUUGUUCUGUGUGUGUGGUGCCCUAAAGCGAGCUCGUCUAGUGAACCCCGGGAUGGCUGAAGUUGUGUUUGUGAAAAAGGAAGAUGCCAUCACUGCAUAUAAGAAAUACAACAACAGAUGUUUGGAUGGACAACCAAUGAAAUGUAAUCUUUUCAUUAAUGGAAAUGUCAUCACAUCAGACCAGCCUAUUUUGCUUCGAUUAAGUGACACUCCUUCAGUGAAGAAAGAAAUUGAACCACGUCGGACAAGCACAGGAACAUCUUCAAAUCCCCCGGCUGAAGUGGAUCCUGACACCAUCUUGAAGGCACUCUUCAAAUCCUCGGGGACUUCUGCUACUGUGCAGCCUACAGAGUUCAAAAUCAAACUUUGAAAAGUAGCAGUCAAAGUGGACUAGUAAACUGAGUGUGGAAAAUUGGGAGACAUGGGAACACAAUUGUUGUGUUGGACUGCACUCAAAUCUUUGUUUUUCUACAGUUGCUACCUUUCCUGUACAGUAGUGUUCCCCUAAAUGUGUUUGUUCCGUUUUCAUAGUUGGAAUUUUUGUCCCAAUAUUUCUAAUUGAAUAAUUUCCCCUUUCUCUACUGAAAUCUGUAUCACCAUAUAACUCUUCCUUUAUUAUACCUGCCUCCCCACUGCAGUAUCCAGCCAGUUAAAAGUACACCUAGUUAAAGGUGUGAUAAACAUCUAUUGUGACUUUCAUUCUUUUAGUAAAAAUGGUGACCCUUUUGCUUUACACAACUAAUAAACAUUUCAUUUCAAUAUAUCUGUGUCUGUGGAAGAGACUUGAUAUAAUACUGUACUCCCAGGCAUUGAUAAUAGCUUGUCUGCUACUCUAAAAUUGGUAAAAAGGAAGCAGCAAAUGUCCAUGCAGCAACUAAUGGAAGAGAUUAUGAAGGAGUGGGAAUAUGUUUAAGUAUAUAACAUAUUCUACACUACUUUCAUUGCCAUGUAUUCAUGUUGUUAAUAUGUUGAUGGAGGAAUAUUGUUGUGAUCUUCAGGAUGUUACACAGAAGUGCUUUUCCUAUGGAUUUGUUUGAAUGCCAGUAAAGUACCUAGCUUCAUUA